AUGAGAAAUAUGCAAGAGGACUUUAGGGCUAUUGACAAACGGAAUGAGGAAGAACAGAUGUCAAAAGUGGUUGCGAAGUUUUGUGCUGGAGAUUUCUCGCUGGACGAUGCUCCAUUGUCAGGUAAACCAGUUGAAGUUGAUAGUGAUCAAAUCGAGACAUUAAUUGAGAACCAUCAAUGUUAUACCACAUGGAAUAUAGCUGACAUACUCAAAAUAUCCAAAUCAAGCACUGAAAAUCAUUUGCACCAUCUUGGUUAUGUUCAUCGUUUUGAUGUUUGGGCUCCACAUAAGUUAAGUGAAAAAAACCUUCUUGACAACAUUUCUGCAUGCGAUUCUCUACUUAAACAUAAUGAAAAUGUUCUGUUUUUAAAACAAAUUGUGACAGGUGAUGAAAAGUGGAUACUGUUCAAUAAUGUGGAAUGGAAGAAAUUGUGGGACAAGCGAAAUACACCACCACCAACACCACCAAAGGCCGGUCUUCAUCCAAAGAAGUACUGCUCCCAAUUAGAGCAACUGAAAGCGGCUCUUGACGAAAAGCAUCCGGAAUUAGUCAACAGAAAAUGCAUAAUUUUCCAUCAGGAUAAUGCAAGACUGUAUGUUUCUUUGAUGACCAGGCAAAAACUAUUACAGCUUGACUGGGAAGUUCUGAUUCAUCCGCCAUAUUCACCAGACAUGCGCCUUCAGAUUUCCAUUUAUUUCGGUCUUUACAAAAUUCUCUUAAUAGAAAAAAUUUCAGUUCCCUGGAAGACUGUAAAAGGCACCUGGAACAGUUCUUUGUUCAAAAAGAUAAAAAGCUUUGGGAAGAUGGAAUUAUGAAGCUGUGUGAAAAUGGCAGAAGGUAGUGGAACAAAAGGGUGAAUACGUUGUUCAAUAAAGU